AUGUAAAAUUAGGAACCUUAAUUAGACCGAAUUGGCACAGCUAGUACAAUGGCAUAAACUGGUUUGCAAUCUCAAUUUUAAUAAUAAUCCUAAUGUGAAUUCAAACCAACUUAUUGUAAAAUAAAAAUGGAUCAAAACCUUAAGAUCAAUAAUAGGUAUUAAAAACAAGAUGUAGAUGAUGAACCUGUAGAGGAAGAAGAAUAAGGAGAAAAUGACUAGAACUAAUAAUAAAUAUAAUAAUUUUAAUAAAAAGAAGGGUUGGUAAAACAAAAGAAAACAAAAGAUGAUGAAUACUAGAAAUUAAUUAAAUAUAAUGAAGAUAAUUAUAGUGAUGGAAAUCACUAUUCAGAACCUAAUGAAAACUAAGACUCUCCUGUUAUCAAAAGAAAAAUAAUAAGAGGUGAUCACCUUUAUAUCACUUGGUAUGAUAUAUUUGAAUUUUAGUUAGAUAAAGCCUUUUGGUGAAUUUUUAUAAAAAUAUCAUCUUCAAGAUAUAGCUUAACCUUAUAUUAAAAAGAGGACAACAACUAAAUGCUGCUUUUUUGCUGUCAAUACUAAAUAAUCUCUUUAUUAGACCCAAAAAUAAAAUAUUAUUCAGGUGGGAUAAGUUUUAUUUGAUGAUGCAAAUGAAGAUCAUUGUAACUUACUAUAUUCAAUAUUCUAUUUAAUAUUUCAAAUAGAAAAAUUAUCCAAAAGAAAAUCUUAAGAGAUCUCAAAUAAUAAAAUAAACUUAUUCUAAUUACUAUAUACAUUAUCUUGUGUUACCUCAUUUAGAGACGAUUUAUUAUAAAUUGGAAAAUUUGACAAAGAAAAGAUAAUCUCUAUUAUGUUUUUCUGUUCUAAAUAUAUAUUUUAAGUGUUACAAUAUGGAAGUCUAGAUCCUAUAUUUAAAAAUACAGAAAGUAAUGGGGAAACUUUCCAUAAUUUAAUGACUUGUAUUCAUAUGGGAGUGUUUCGAUAUAUUUCUAGUUCUAAUUAUACUUAGGAAUAGGAAAUCUUUUAAAAUUUAGACAAUAAAAGUAUAAAAUAACUCUUGGAUGUUUGGAAGGAUAAUAAAUCUAAAAACUAUUGA